CAAGUUAUUCCAGUUUCGCAGCAUAGUCGCACACAUCCAGCGCUCUGUGAACCCGAACAACGAAGGACAAAGGCAGCCCGCCACGCUCCGCGCUCGCAGCUUCUUGAAGCAAAACAGGCGCUUGCUUUCUUGUAUAGUUUGCACACAGAUGUCUCCAAGCACCUCCAUCAGCGCGGAGGCUGACGGCCAGCUUGAGCGCAAUGCGGGCGCGAGCGUUCCCUCUGCAGCACCCAAAGCCGAGAUGCAGAAUCUGUCCGUUGAGCCUGUUUUAGUAGAUGACAGCGUCAAGCAUCAGAUUGAGGAGGAGCUGAAGGCGAACCCGAGCGCGGAAACCGUCAUGGAGCUGCCGCCCGCGCCGAAAGGGCUGGCGGGCACGUCAGCGGCCAAGGGCAAGAAUUACAGCGUGACGGUGUCCAACAAGGCCGGCUACAUGUGCCAUGUGCGCGUCAUUGCGAACUGGGACGUCCCGCCGGAGGUUCCCUUCGCCAUCUUUACGCACCCAGACAACUCAAGCCUGUUCCGCGAUAUCCAGCGGGUGGGGCAGCGGAAGGUCAUUAAGACGGAGCCGGCCUACAAGGAGGUGCAGGUGGAGCAACUGGGCGACAUUCAAAUCAUGUGGAUCCACCGCACCUACUCCACAUGGCUGCACGUCAUUGAGGACGCGCGCGACCCGGACUGCCUGCGCACCAAGUUCGAGCUACUGCGCAGCGACGUGCUGGGCAAGUUCAGCGGCGAGUGGGAGCUGCGGGCGGUGCGCGACCCGGCCAGCGGCAAGGUGGUGGGCUGCCGCGGCGAGCUGACGCAGGACGUGCUGCCCAAGGGCAUGCCCGCCUUCAUGGCACGGCUGCCGGUGCUGGGCGGCGUGCUGCGCGGCAUCAGCGUGCGCGCCGUGACGCGCGUCAUGGACGACGUCGCAGUCGCCAUGGACAAGAUCCGCGCCGGCCACGCCGCGGGCCGCUCCACUGCCGCCAUGAUGAAGGAGCUGUGCGGCGAGGCGGCGGAGGCGGGCUGCGCCAACGGCGCCGUCAGCAGCUUCGCAUUCGAUGCCGCGGACGGCGAGAGCGAUGGAGAGGACGAGGAGGUGCAGCAGGAGGAGGAGGGAGCUGAGAAGGAUUGGGCGACGCAGCAGCAGGAGAAGGAGGGCGGGGGCAAGCAGGAGGAGGAGGCGGCGAUAGAGGCGGCCGAGGGCAAAGCCAGCGCGGCAGCCGUGACGGCGGUGGCUGUGACGGCGGACUCGACUGACCGCUGAGAGGGCAACGCUGCGUGCGCUGCGUGUGCGGGUGUGUGCCGCACUGUCUGCUGAGGUGCGGUGUGUGAAAGGCUCGACUAACGUUACAUUCAUGGAUAUGAGACGGCAAAGUCUCCUUGGACUCGAGACGACAAGCAAUGGAUGCGAUUCGAGGGGAUGAGGGGCGGUAGGUCUCGGAGCGAACGGAUGUACGGUUACGGCACGAGCGCACGGAUGCUGCGCACCCUGCUAUGAUUCCCAUUACCGGGGCUCCUAGUCUGGAAGGACAUCGCUGUGACACUACUGCUUGACGAGAGAGAACAUGCACAUAUGGAACUGAACCACGCUUACUUGCCGUGAUUCCACCGACGUUUGAGUGUACAGGACCUUGCGAACGUACGGUAUUCACGGGAGCACAGCGGAGGGCAGGACGGUGUAAAUGGGGGGUAGUGGACUGCUGGUCUGCUGUGAAGCAAAGAGAGGGCACAAGUGCACGGUGCCGUUCACCUGUGGUGCGCUGGGGGGAGGAGGAUACGGUGUAAGGCGUGACAGACUGCUGGUAGUAGAGUACAGCAGUGGCUGUACGGAGGGCACACUCGUCUACGCAGAUUCGUAGCCACGGGGUGUCCCCGUUGCGUGGUGUCUGUUGUUCUGGUUGAUUAAGCGGUAGAUGUGUAUUUAAGGCCGCGGUUUCCAAGCAUUGCGUCGUGUUCCAAGUUGUGAGGGCGGCUCCGCCGCCGGAGAGGUUACCUGCAAGCAGAGAACUGCAGACAACUGCAGAGAACUGCGGUCUUCAUGCGGAGCCCGAACCGCCGAACCAUCAGUUAGUUGUAGGAGCGGCAGUGGUGAAAUGCGGACGCUGGCCGCUGAGUUCAAUGCAUGCUACGUGCGCUCAUGCGCCAACUGUGACCCUGCUGUGCGCCAGGACCGAUGGAGCUGUGCUACAGGCUCAGGAACGAGAGGAGCGGAGUCACAAAGGAGCUA